CGUCCAGCCACCAUGUCGGUUGCAACGCCUACCCUGCUUCCUCGUAGUCUGCUCUUUCCCAAUCUUCUUCCCAGGCCUCCUCAGCCAUAUCCCACACCUUUGCCUAAGAAUGGACAGCGAUCGGGGCGUCUCAACAGCAGACGCGAUCUGCAACGCGAGAUGGACGAGUUGAGUGACGAAGAGGACGAACUCGAAGACUUGAGCACUGAAGUGAAGAACAGAGGCUUCAACUUCCUGAUUCCAAUCGGUCGAACCUUCACGCAGCACGAGGAGAAGAAUGAUGCUGACGAAGCGUCUGAUGAAUCUGAAGAUAGCGACGCAUCGGGCAGCGAGGCCCCAUCCAUCGGGGACGAGGGAGAGCAUGACUCGGAAGAGGAAGAUCUUGACGCUGAGAUGGAAGACUUGGACGACGAUGGAGGAAACAUCACCGCAGGGGUGGUCGACCUUGACGCUGAAGACUCAGUGCGUGCAAGCUCGGUUGAUAUUGACAACGAAGACGAGGAUGACGAGGAGGAACCAUCUUCUGAACUCUGAUGGAGUAUACCCUGAGUCCUUUCAUAGCUGUAGCACGUAAAGAGAUCCAAAUGUAGCCAUAGACAUUUUUUUUGAUAUGAAUGCUUUCAUUUUCGAUAUAUCAUGGAC